GCCGCGAGUAUUGUUGGGAUGGGCAAAAAACCGGCCGCAUCUAUGCUGGCGGUGGCAGUGGCGCUGAUGGUGGGCACCUCCACUUGUUGGGCCCAGUAUUACGACAAUUGGCACAACGGUGGUGGUGGUUAUGGGAGGCGGUAUUAUCAUCCGCAGCGUUUUCAGCAGCGACGGGGUGGCGAUCCCGAGAUCGACUGGAAGGCCGCCGGGGUCUCGCCGAACGACGUCCAGUGGAUCUGCAGGAACUCCAAGACGCAGGAUAUGAUCGUCAUAGCCGAAGAGUCGCUGAGGGGAGGCUUCCCGUUGCGCCAACCGCCCCAGAACAACUUCCGGUACCCACCAAGCGGUGACGCGCCGAAUAUGCCGGGAAACCAGAAUUCUAACGGCCAGUUGUACUUCCCAAGCCAGCCGCAGCCACCGAAGAAUCAGUUUCCCCAGGAAAGCAAAGAUGACCUCACUUUCGAUCCCAGUUUCGAUGAGCCGUCGAAACCUGUUUGGCCAGAUUUUGGGGGUAACAACAAAGCGCCGACUCAGCCGACGACUCCGGUACCCAAGCAGGAAACGCUCGUCACGAGUCCUGCGCUCGUCGCUCAACCAACAGCACAGCCUAAAAAGGAUGACUUGGAUGACGACGAUACCAUAGAGAUUGUCACUGGAUGAGGAAAAUGCGCGAAUCACCUGAACAAUUACAACAUGCACGCAGAUAAAUUAUCAAUACAACAAAGUGUACCAACCAAGUAUUUGUAGGAAUUGUUUUGAUUCUUUUGUACUGAUGACAAAUACAAUGACGGAUCAAUGAAAAAUGUAUAGUUUGUACGAUUCUUUUUUCGGACUUUUUAUUAAUAAACAUAUAAAAAAUUCAUAUUA